GUCGCUCAGAACAUUGCCUCUCAGUCCCAGCACCUGCCCAGGCUUUGGAUGACCGACCACUGGCUCAGGAGCUGGGAGAGCUACUUGAGGGCCAAGUGAAAGCCUCAUUUUGUGAUUCAGGCACCAGCCAAAUACAGUUGCAUGAGGAAAAUUCAGUUGCCUGUGGCUUUGUUUUUUUUUUGUUUGUUUGUUUUUGAGUGCUUUGAAAAUCUUGCUGCCUCUGCCCCUUCUGAUUUGCAAGACACUGGAGAGGAAAUCAACUUGGUUAUCUGAGAGUGCCUCUCAGCUCUGCGUGAAGACUGCUUUCCUCGGAGGAGUCCAAACUUUAUCAAAAAGAGAAAUAUUUCCUUUUCUCUUCACAAUGAAAUUGGACUUGGAGGUCAGCGAACCAAUAGACUUUGGUUCUGGAGGUCAUCAACAUCUGAUUCGGGAAGCAGCAGAUAAAAGCAUCCAGUACCAAUCUGGUGAGCACUACACACCUUCAUCUUCAGCUGGGCCACAAGAAACUCGGGAGAAGCCAUGGCCAAAGGACACCGAGCAGUUGAAUACCUGUGUGAUAGAAAUUUCAGAUGACGUCACCCCAGGUGAUAACAAUGCAACUUUAGGCAAUCCUUUCUCAGACGCAUCUGUCCGCAGAGCUUUCAUUAUCAAAGUGUUCUUCCUCCUGUCAGUUCAGUUGUUGCUCACUGCGGUAAUUACCAGUGUGUUUAUUUUCUGGCAACUCCUAGACCAAGGUGGUGGCAGAUUUCCAGAAUUUUACUUUCAUUUCCUAACCGAAGCAAAAAAACUUUUUUAAAACUCUUAUUUUGGACACUGCUUUCUUUUUUAUUUUCUCCUGAGCUGUUUCAACAGUUAAAACUGGAUAGAGAAGAAAAGGGAGGCUUUAAAAGUUUGGGUGCUCAAAAAUCCCUGGUUCAUCUCUGCAAUCUUCUCAGCAUUUUUUGCCAUACUUAUUAUACUUGAUUGCUGUGGGAAUCUCCGCCGUCAGGUGCCUGCAGAGUACAUUCUCCUGGGAUUCUUUGGAGGAUGUUACAGAAAUAUUGAAUUCUAUUCGUUCCCCAUAGUUGCCCUGUGGCUGUGUGUACCAGGCUGUGCAUAUUCCCCCUUGCUCCCUAGACCCUGCUCAGAAGCACACCCCUCAAAUCACCUCUUCUGGAUUCCGGGCCUCUCCCCCAUGCCUCGGGAAGCAGGCUUCUGAUUUAUUGUGAAUUUUGUUUUUAGACAGCUCUUCAAGGUCUGCUGCUAGGAGCCGUAUCAGUUUUCUACAAGGCCGAGGAAGUGUUAUGGGCAACAGCUGCAACCACUCUGGUGACGCUAGCACUCACUUUGUUUGCUCUACAAACAAAAUGGGAUUUUACCUGGCUAAAUGGAGCACUGUUCGUUUUCUGCUUCGUGCUUUUAAUCUAUGGAAUUACCUUAAUCUUCGUGCGAUCAUAUUGGCUGCAUCUAUUAUAUGCUGGACUCGGAACUGUGCUCUUCUCACUCUACUUGGUGAUCGAUGUGCAGCUCAUGCUGGGAGGGCACCGCCAUUAUUCCCUGGACCCUGAAGGGUAUGUUUUUGCUGUCCUGAACAUCCACUUGGACAUCAUCGACCUUUUCAUUUUUAUUCUGCGUCUGAUUGGACGGGGACGGUAGUCACGCAACCAAGGCUGGCUCGUGCGGAGAAGAGGAAGGAGGGGUGCUGUGGAGUGUUGCCGGGCUCAGGCAUGCAGAAGUCACCACUUCAGAAGCUCUUUUAUUUAAAAAAAUUUUAAGAAUACUUUUUUUUUGUCAAAUGAAACCAAGCAUUGAGUAGAUGAUAGCUGUAGCUGUUAUAUUUUCAGUUCCAUUGUCACGUAGCAAAACUUUCUGGGGACAUUUCUAAUUUUUAUAGAUUCAAAAGAUGAGUAUCAUAAUUACAUACUUACAAACAUUUGUAUAAUGCCCAUUCCUUUGUUGGAGUUUUCUGAACACUAUUUAAAGCUGUAAACAACAUAUCUCCACGUGAAUACAAUUGACUACAGAAACCUA